CAGCCCCAGCUCCGGACCCUGCAGCCGCCAAGAUGUUGAUGCCUACGAAGAACCAGAUUGCCAUUUAUGAACUCCUUUUUAAGGAGGGAGUCAUGGUGGCCAAGAAGGAUGUCCACAUGCCUAAGCACCCGGAGCUGGCAGACAAGAAUGUGCCCAACCUUCAUGUCAUGAAGGCCAUGCAGUCUCUCAAGUCCCGGGGCUACGUGAAGGAACAGUUUGCCUGGAGACAUUUCUACUGGUACCUUACCAAUGAGGGUAUCCAGUAUCUCCGUGAUUACCUUCAUCUGCCCCCAGAGAUUGUGCCUGCCACCCUACGCCGUAGCCGUCCAGAGACUGGCAGGCCUAGGCCUAAAGGUCUGGAGGGUGAGCGACCUGCGAGACUCACAAGAGGGGAAGCUGACAGAGAUACCUACAGACGGAGUGCUGUGCCAUCUGGUGCCGACAAGAAAGCCAAGGCUGGGGCUGGGUCAGCAACCGAAUUCCAGUUUAGAGGCGGAUUCAGUCGUGGACGUGGUCAGUCACCUCAGUAAAAUUGGAGAAGAUUCUUUUGCAUUGAAUAAACUUACAGCCAAAAAA